AUGGAGUUCCAUUAUUUUGACUUGAAUAUUCCUCCAACUGAAGUAGAAAAUCAUGAAGGAAGCCACACAAAUGAAGAAGCAGAAGAAGUUGACGUCGAAGAGAACGCAAGAGACUUUGAUCUCAAUGAACCACCACCUCCUGAUGGUGAAGAUAUGAGUUUCACUCUUUCAAGAGAAAACACUGCCGUUUCAACAUGUAAAAAUCUAUCAAAUGAUCAAAGGAAGGACAUAUAUAUAGCCUUGCUGCGAAGAAGCGUGAACGGUAAACUUAAAAGAGAUACAACAAAGUCUGUUGCAGCAUUAUUUUCUGUCUCCAUGAGUACCGUUCAACGCAUCUGGAAAAGAUCCAAAGAAAAUUCAGGUGGUGAUGUAUCUCAUCGAAGAACAAACAACUGUGGUCGGAAAAGAAUCCAGAUUGAUCUUGAUGCAUUCCGUAGCAUUCCUUUGCAGCAACGGACCACUGUUCGAUCUACAGCUAAUGCCCUCAAAAUUAGUUCAUCAACACUACAUCGAGCUUUAGAGACUGGGAAAAUCCGUCGUCACUCCAAUGCCAUCAAACCUUUAUUGAAGGACGAGAACAAAAAAGCCAGGCUACAAUUUUGCUUAUCAAUGAUCGAUAUAAACAGCUUGCCUCAUCAACCACAAUUCAUCGACAUGGACAAUAUCAUCCAUAUUGACGAGAAAUGGUUUAAUAUGACAAAAAAGUCUGAAACAUAUUAUCUUGUUGCUGAUGAAGAGGAACCACAUCGUGUGUGUAAAAGUAAAAAUUUUGUUGAGAAAGUGAUGUUCCUUGCUGCGGUUGCUCGCCCAAGAUUCGAUUCAGAAGGCAAUGUAAAGUUCUCUGGAAAAAUCGGAAUCUAUCCAUUUGUCACAAAAGAGCCUGCUAAAAGAAACAGUAUCAACAGAGCUGCAGGGACCAUAGAAACAAAAGCGAUGACAUCUGUGGGGAGAAGUACAAUAAGGUCGUUCUUAAUUGAAAAAGUCCUUCCAUCGGUUCGAUCAAAAUGGCCAAGUGAUGAUGCUAAUAAGUUAAUCGUGAUACAACAGGACAACGCAAGAACACAUGUUGAUCCUAGUGAUCCAGAAUUUUGUGAAGCUGCAAGACAAGGUGGUUUUGACAUUCGCUUGAUGUGCCAACCCGCUAAUUCUCCGGAUUUAAACGUAUUUUAG